AUGAAGUUCUCUUUUGCUGCUAUUGUCCUCGCUGCCACCUCGGCCAUUGCCACCCCCAUUGCCAGUAAACGCGAUGGCACCUUUGUGAUCAAAGAUCUCAAAGCGCGCGACUCUCUCUCCAACACCAUGAGCUUCAAGCUGCUUGACGGUGACGAGUUAAUUGACUGCAACUUGAUCUGGAGUGCGAAAGAACCCGAAGAAAAUGCCCGAUGCAACGACUCCAAGCAUCUGAUCCGGUUUCCGGAUGGCUUCGAGUUCGGCAAGUUUACCCUUGCCAUUGAGCGGAUUGAGCCCAACCCGAUCGGUGGCCGUGCCUAUUUCGACGAGAACGAUGGCAAGUGGAACUGUGUAGACAACCCGUCGGACCACAUCUACAAGGACUGCAAGUACGACGGUGACUACACCAUUCCGCUGUGA